CACUUUACUUUCAUCCUCAGAUGCUGAUAAACUUUGCUAUCCCGCUGUGAACAGCUGCAAUUCUCAAUGGUUUCCAUGGAGAAGCUUCACCGCCAAGACGUUCUUUUCACUCUCCUCCUCCUCAUCUACUCCUCAUCUAAUCUGCUCCUCGCUUCAGGCUACACUCUUCCAAAUAAGUACUUCAUCAACUGUGGUUCCAGCUCUAACGCCACAGUGGACCGCCGGAACUUUGUCGGAGAUGUGAACUCCAGCUCAUCCUAUUUCUCCGUGAGACCAAGCGAUGAUUUGAAGGAUGGCAACCCAGAAACCGGUACAUCUUCUCUCUACCGAACAGCUAGAAUUUUCAGAAAAGAAUCUUCGUAUGAGUUCCGAAUCACUGAAAAUGGCACCUACCUGGUACGUUUUCAUUUCUACCCUUUCUUGACGCCAACAAAUCUUACUGCUGCUCUCUUCAAUGUUCGGGUCACUGGGUAUUCAUUGCUGUCCAAUUUCAGAGUCCAGAACAGAAGUAACUCUCCUGUAAUUAAGGAAUUUGCAAUUCCCAUAGAGGUGGGAAACUUCACCAUCUACUUCACCCCUGAAAAAUCAUCUUUGGCAUUUGUAAACGCGGUAGAAGCGUUUCUUGCCCCUGAAAAGUUCGUUUCAAAUGAAUCGAGUCACAUUACUCCUGCGGGAAGUGACGGUAAUUACAGAGGUCUGGAAUCUCAGGCUUUACAAAUAAUCCAUAGGAUAAACGUUGGAGGCCCGAAAAUCCCACCAAAUAAUGAUACACUGUGGAGAAGUUGGACACCCGACGAUGAUUAUCUACUUCUCCCAGGUUCUGCCAAAAAUAGUGAGGCCUUCAAUAAUACGCCCAAGUACGAUCCUUCGGAAGCUACUAACUAUUCCGCCCCGGUUGAUGUCUACAAGACUGCCAAAGAACUUGAUAGAAGUUAUAGCAGCUCAUCAAGUUUCUUCAAUGUAACCUGGGCUUUUAGGGUGAAUAAGAAUUCUACCUACUUCGUGAGGGUGCAUUUCUGUGACAUAAUUAGCCAAGAUGAAGACGGUAUUGUGUUCAAUUUCUCCAUUUAUAGUCGGUUCAUUGAACUUGUAUAUUCAUAUGGCCCCACCACCAAUAUCGGAACUCCAUUUUACAAGGAUUAUGUGGUUGAUUCCGAUGAUUCAAGUCUUAUGAAUAUCAGUAUAGGCCCUCGAUCUGAGUCACCAAACAAGACAGCCUUUCUGAAUGGGCUCGAGAUUAUGGAGCUUAUAACCAAGGAAUCUGGUUCAUUGCCUGCGCCAAGCAAGCCAAAGAAAACCGUUGUCUUUGUCAUGGCAGGUUGUGUUGUUGGAGUGGCUUUUCUCCUUAUCCUGCUGGGGGUGAUCUUGAAAUGCAGGAAAGCAAACUCUGUUGAAAGUGGAGAGUGGUCUAUGCUUCUUUAUGGAGGGAGAUACUUCAGUUGGAUAACUGGAACUGGAAGAGCUGUCGAAACCUCCUCUGUUUCCAGCUUAAACCUGGGGUUAAAAAUACCCUUUUCUGAAAUCCUGCAUGCAACUCAUCGCUUUGACAAAAAAUCAAUGAUUGGUAAGGGUGGGUUCGGGAAAGUUUAUAGAGGAACACUUCGGGAUGGGAAGAAAGUGGCUGUCAAACGAAGUCAACCAGGGCGAGGCCAGGGCUUGUACGAAUUUCAAACUGAAAUCAUAGUCUUAAACAAAAUUCGCCACCGCCACCUUGUUUCCUUGAUUGGAUAUUGUGAUGAGAUGCAUGAGAUGAUACUGGUUUAUGAAUUCAUGGAAAACGGGACUCUAAGAGACCGUCUAUACAAUUGGAAUAAGGAUUGCACCGUAUCAACUCCCCGUUCACAACUGUCUUGGGAGCAAAGGCUUGAGAUUUGCAUUGGUUCGGCAUGGGGUCUUGAUUAUCUUCACAGUGAUUCCGGGAUCAUUCACCGUGAUGUUAAGUCUACAAAUAUCUUGCUUGAUGAGAAUUAUGUGGCUAAAGUUGCUGAUUUCGGUCUUUCAAAAUCCAGCGGUACAGAUCAAACUCAUGUCAGUACGGAUGUGAAAGGCAGUCCUGGUUACCUUGAUCCUGAAUAUUUCAGAUGCAUGCAGUUAACAGAUAAAUCGGAUGUAUACUCCUUCGGAGUAGUUCUCCUGGAAGUGCUUUGCGCUAGGCCAGCUAUUAAAAGCUCAGUUCCCAGUGAGGAAACGAAUUUGGCUGAAUGGGCGAUGUCAUGGCAAAAGAAAGGAGAGCUUGAAAAAAUUGUGGAUCCUUUUCUCGUGGGUAAAAUCAAUCCUAACUCAUUGCGUAAGUUUGGUGAAACGGCAGAGAAGUGUUUGAAAGACUCUGGUGCCGAAAGGCCUACCAUGCGCGAUGUCUUAUGGGACUUGAAAUAUGCACUUGAUCUGCAACAAGCUACAACGCUGGAAGAAGGAUAUGCGGACAGCACAACAGAUGCUUUUUCGGAGAUGCCACUGCUUGGUGUUCAGUCCUUGCCUUCUUCUAGCUUUCCUCUAAUGGAGAAAGAUGAUGUAGCCAGGGAAAAUGAUGAUGGUUCAGACCCAACUCCUAGUGACGUGUUUUCCCAAUUGAGGAUUAUUGGUGCCAGAUAAUGUCAACUGGUGCGAGGUCUGGUUGUGUGCCUUCACCUUCCUGAUCGAGUGCUUUUGUUGCUUUUGAAAUAUGUGGGACUUGAAAUAUAUAUGUACUUGAUCUGCAGCGUGCUACAAUGCCGAGAGAAGGAUAUGCGGACAGCAUAACAGAUGCUUCUUUCGAGUACUUGCCACUGUUUGGUGUUCUGUACUUGGCUUCUCCCAGUCCUAGCUUUCUUCUAAUUGAGGAAGAGGAAGCCUCCAUAGAAGGUGAUAAUGGUUCAGAACCAACUGCUAAGUGAAGUAUCCUCCCAAUUGAGGAUUGGUGGUGCCAGAUAAUCUUAUUAACUCGUCUGAUAUAUACUUGUGUGGCUUCACUUCUUUGGCUUCUAUCUAAUACUAAAUUUAUGGUCCUGAUUCAUUGUU